AUGUUCAGGGGCGCUUGGAUGUGGCCCGGGAAAGACGCCGCCGCGCUGACUAUCUGCUGCUGCUGCUGCUGCUGGGCUCCCAGGCCGAGCGACAAACCUUGCGCUGACUCUGAGCGGGCGCAGCGAUGGCGACUGUCCCUGGCGUCCCUGCUCUUCUUCACCGUGCUGCUCGCUGACCAUCUGUGGCUGUGUGCGGGGGCCCGGCCCCGGGCCAGGGAGCUGAGCAGCGCCAUGCGGCCGCCCUGGGGGACCGGCCGGGAGCGGCAGCCGAUGCCUCCUCGCGCGGUGCUGCCCCUGCCGCCGCCGCCGCCCGGCGAGCCCAGCGCGCCCCCGGGCACCUGCGGCCCCCAAUACAGCAACCUGACCAAAGCCGCCCCCGCUGCCGGUCCCAGGCCGGAUUGCGGUGGCGUCCCAGAGCCCACGGGGCUGGACGCAGCUUGCACCAAAUUGCAAUCUUUGCAGAGACUUUUUGAACCGACUACCCCAGCCCCCCCACUGCGGCCCCCUGACUCCCCUUCUCGUGCCCCGGCCGAGUUCCCCUCCGCCAAAAAAAACUUGCUCAAAGGCCACUUUCGGAACUUCACUCUCUCCUUUUGCGACACCUACACGGUCUGGGACUUGCUGCUGGGCAUGGACCGCCCCGACAGCCUGGACUGCAGCCUGGACACCCUGCUGGGGGACCUGCUGGCCGUGGUGGCCAGCCCGGGCUCCGGGGCCUGGGAGGUGUGUAGCAACUGUAUCGAGGCGUACCAGCGGCUCGACCGACAUGCUCAGGAAAAAUAUGACGAGUUCGACCUCGUGCUGCAUAAAUACUUACAGGCAGAAGAGUACUCAAUCCGGUCCUGCACGAAAGGCUGUAAGGCGGUCUACAAGGCCUGGCUGUGCUCCGAAUACUUCAGCGUGACCCAGCGGGAAUGCCAGCGCUGGGUGCCCUGCAAGCAGUACUGCCUGGAGGUGCAGACCCGGUGCCCCUUCAUACUCCCUGACAAUGAGGAAAUGGUGUACGGAGGGCUUCCAGGCUUUAUCUGUACAGGGUUGCUGGAUACUUCGCCAAAGCGACCGGAAACCAAGUGCUGUGACGUGCAGUGGGUCUCCUGUGAGUCGGAGAAGAAGAAGUUCAAGGAGACUGAGGCCCCCAAAACCCACCACCAGCAAUUCCACCACUCCUAUUUCCACCACUACCACCAACAAUACCACCACUACCACCCCCGCCAUGAACCCCCAGGCCACAUCAGCCACAAGCCCUCCCUGCUGCCGGUCUCUGGGGGCUCCCGCCUCAGCCCCAGCAGGAUCCGGCUCUAUGUCCUUGUUCUCAUGCUCCUCCAUACCAUGGUGUCCUUCUCCAGCAGCCAGGGUGGUGGAGGACUGGGGCUGGAGGCACUGCCUGCCCUAGAUGAGGGCCUGACUCGGGAAGAGUGA